AUGUAUAGAAAAACGAGUGUCAUCUAUAACUUUUUAUUUUUGCUUACCCUGUUUCUUUCACAACAUUGUAACUGCAAGAAAGUUGUGAUCAUCGGGGCAGGAGUAAGUGGCUUAUCCGCUGCUCGAGUGUUAUUUGAAAAUGGCCAAUCUGAUGUUACUAUUCUUGAGGCAACUGACCGUAUUGGAGGUCGAAUAUUUACAACAGAAUUCAAAGGUCAUAUGUAUGAACGUGGAGCUCAGUGGAUUCAUGGAGCCGGGGAAAAUCCCGUUUAUAAAUACCUAUCUGAAGAUGCAAAUCUCGAAACUGAGAGUUGGGGUCGCUACUCUCAGGCAAACGACUCCGAAUUUCAGUACUACAGUGGAAGGCCGUUGACUCCAAUUAUAAAAGAUUUGAUUUGGAAUUCUUCAAAACUUAUGGAUUAUAUUAAUUUGGAAAUUGCAUCAAUGGGAAAAAGUGAGAAAGAAAUGGCUAAUUUGCAACUAGGAAGCUUGACAAGAAAAUUGUGGAGAAAAUUUUUUUUCAGACACUAUAGUAAACUUGGACUUACUAGAGAAGUGAUCGGCCCAAUUUUUAUAAACGAAUUUGGAUUACUGGAGGUAACUGUCGGAGGUCAUCCGAAUAUUGUAAAUGACCUAGGAUGGUACCAAUAUGAAGAGUAUGGUGCCAACGACGUAAAAGUUUUGGAUGGAUACAUGAUUUUGCCUAAAAAAUUGAGUAAAAAUAUCCCGAAAAGUGCCAUCAAGUUAAAUAGCAAAGUUCAAAGUAUAAAGUGGAAUAAGAAAAAUGAAAGUGGUGUCGCGAUAACGUAUGUGAAUCAAUUUAAUAAGACUGAAGUAAUUCACGCUGAUAUCGUACUCAUGACGGUUUCGAUCGGCUGUCUGAAAAAAUAUCACAAAACUCUCUUUGAUCCAAAUUUGUCGGUAAAAAAACAAUCUGCAAUACAGAGGAUCGGUUUUGGUGCUAUCAACAAAAUGUUGUUGUUUUACGGAAAUCCAUUUUGGGGCCCAGAAAAAUUUUCUGAAAGGUAUCUGUUAUGGGAUUCGUACGAUGAAUUAACUACUACGUUAUCCGAAGACGAAUUUUCUGUUAAAAAUCAUUGGUGUCGUGGCGUAUAUAAAAUCACAAGCUACAAAACGAAUUUUCUCAUGAUGUGGAUAACUAAAAAGACCUCGAAUCGGAUACGUAGAACGCCUGAAAGUGAACUCAAAUUGACUGUUACAAACUUGUUACGACGAUUUCUGAACAAUCCAAAAUUACCAGGUCCUGAUGAUAUCAUAACCACCGAAUGGCACCGGGAUACAAAUUUUCUUGGCACUUACAGCUAUCCGACAAUUGGACAAAUGCCAAGCCACCAGAAAAAAAUACGAGAACCUCUAUACGUUAACGACAUGCCACGAGUAUUUUUUGCAGGAGAAGCGUUGAGUGUAUCAAGGUACGGCACGGUGGAUGGAGCAUUCUCGACAGGAAAAAGUGAAGGAGAAAGAAUCUUAAAGUUUAUACAUGAAUGAAACUCCGGUUUAUACUUUGGAUUAAAAUAAUCUUCGAUUUUCUGUUCGUUGUUAGGAUAAUCGCA